AUGGCCUCCUCCGAAGCGGCUGCGGCGGCGCCCCAGGCCCACGAAGUCGUCGUUCUAGGCGGGAACUUCGCUGGUAUUCAAGUUACACACUAUCUCCUCCGACGAAUCUUCCCCCGGCUUGAACGACUAAAGGGAUCCGGAGCGUACCACAUAUACCUCGUCUCACCCAAUUCGCAUUACUUCUUCAAGAUUGCCGCCCCCCGUGCCCUCACCAAACCGGAGGUUAUCAAAAAAAUCUUUAAGCCCAUCGACCAGGCCCUCGGAAAAUACGGCCAAAGUUGUGAUUUCAUUCGGGGCAAAGCAAUCAGCCUAAAUCCAAUGGCGAAAACUGUGACUAUUUGCACAGUACCGAAUGCAACACACAGAGUGUUGAGGUACGAUUCUUUGUUCAUCUGCACAGGGACCACGACCGCAAGUCCUCUCUGGACCCUGCACGAUGAUCACCUAACCACCAGGGCAGAGUUCACGGAGAUGCACAUGCGCUUGCCACAAACGAAUACUCUGCUCAUCGCAGGAGGCGGACCUGUCGGUGUGGAAACCGCGGGCGAGAUUGCAGCUGCAUACCCAACCAUGAAUAUCACGCUCGUUGCCGGAGGGGAUGUACUCCCUAAUUUACCUGAGAGCGUUCGAACGAAGGCGAAAAGCAGGCUCAGGGAAGCUGGUGACGCCUCGACGAGUGCAACUGGGACAGAAGUCACGUUGUCCGAUUGGACACAAAUGACUGUGGACACAUUUAUCGACUGCCGCGGUGCGACGAGGAUCAACAGCGAAUAUUUACCAGCAGUGUGGCUCGACUCCCGUGGCCGUGUCUUCACCCGCGAUAAAUACCUUCGUGUGAGGGGGGAUAAUUCGGCUCCGGCUGAUGGCGUUUAUGCGGUGGGAGACAUCGUGUCCGGCAGCGCGAAUACCGCUCUCGAGUUGGACGCAAUGGUCUUUACAGCAGGGUCCAGUUUCGGGUACGACAUAUCCACGCAGUUAGGAUUCAAGCCAAAGCCGGUCACAACUAACAGUGGGGUGUUGCAAAAGAACGCCGAGUCUCUGAGAAACACCACCACGGUACCAAUUGGUCCGAAUGACGGUGUUGGACUAUUGCUUGGACUCCCACUGCCGUCGUUGGCUGUGAAGAUGAUCAAGGGAAAAUCAUUCAUGACCACACGUGUGGAACCUAUCGUCACAGGGGCGCAGUACUUGAAAAAACGACAGAAACUUGUCAGAGGUAUAAGACGGAUAUUUAAGAUGUAA